UAUUCGUUAUAGUAUGGACGUUAGUGUGGAUGAAGUGAAAGCCUUAGCGUCUCUCAUGACAUACAAAUGUGCUGUGGUUGAUGUGCCAUUUGGUGGGGCAAAGGCUGGUGUCAAGAUCAAUCCCAAGAACUACACAGACAAUGAAUUGGAAAAGAUCACAAGAAGGUUUACCAUGGAGCUGGCAAAAAAGGGCUUUAUUGGACCUGGUGUGGAUGUGCCUGCUCCUGAUAUGAGCACAGGGGAGAGGGAGAUGUCCUGGAUUGCUGACACCUAUGCCAGUACCAUAGGACACUAUGAUAUUAAUGCACAUGCAUGUGUAACUGGUAAACCCAUCAGCCAGGGUGGGAUCCAUGGACGUAUAUCUGCAACUGGUCGUGGUGUCUUCCAUGGAAUUGAAAAUUUCAUCAAUGAAGCCUCAUAUAUGAGCUUAUUAGGAAUGACUCCAGGAUUUGGAGAUAAAACAUUUGCUGUUCAGGGAUUUGGUAACGUGGGCUUGCAUUCUAUGAGAUAUUUGCAUCGUUUUGGUGCAAAAUGCGUCGCUGUUGGAGAGUUUAAUGGUUCCAUCUGGAAUCCUGAUGGGAUUGACCCAAAGGAACUAGAAGAUUUCAAAUUGCAACACGGGACAAUCAUGGGCUUCCCUAAAGCAAAGCCACUUGAGGGCAGCAUUCUGGAAACAGACUGUGACAUUCUCAUCCCUGCUGCCAGCGAGAAGCAGUUGACCAAGGCCAACGCACACAAGGUUAAAGCAAAAAUUAUUGCUGAAGGUGCCAAUGGGCCUACAACUCCCGAAGCUGACAAAAUCUUCUUGGAGAGGAAUAUCAUGGUUAUCCCUGACCUUUACCUGAAUGCUGGUGGUGUAACAGUAUCCUACUUUGAAUGGCUGAAAAACUUGAACCACGUCAGUUAUGGCCGUUUGACUUUCAAAUACGAAAGAGAUUCAAACUACCACUUGCUCAUGUCUGUCCAGGAAAGCUUGGAAAGAAAAUUUGGGAAACAUGGGGGAACUAUUCCAGUUGUGCCUACAGCAGAAUUUCAAGACAGGAUAUCGGGUGCAUCUGAGAAAGAUAUUGUGCACUCUGGGUUGGCUUACACGAUGGAACGUUCUGCCCGGCAAAUCAUGCGUACUGCCAUGACAUACAACCUGGGUCUGGACCUGAGAACAGCUGCCUAUGUCAAUGCAAUUGAGAAAGUCUUCAAAGUGUACAAUGAGGCUGGUUUGACCUUUACAUAAACAGGCCAUGACCGCUCCUUGUUGUAUCCCACCCCUCGCUGUUAAUGUACCCUCUUCUUGAGAAAGCUUAUCACAAGUUUACAUGUAACCACAAAAUUUCUUUUCUUCUGAUAUUAUAGUGGAUUCUAUUCUCAAUUAGUUUCAGUUCCAAACUAGUCUUUUUUACAAUAAAAAUCCAUGGAUUAGGAAAUUGUAUACAAGUAUGUAUCUGAAGAUAACAGUUCAUCUGCACUUGUGGGGGCCAUUCUGGGUGUUUCGCCUACAAAACAAAAUGGUACAUUUUAUGUAUGAAAGAGUGGUCUUGCCACCUGAGCCACUUCUCAGACUUCAGAUCAGAUACUGUACUAUAUGAGCACUUAGCUCAUUAUUACUUCAUGCACUUUUGUUUAAUGACAUAAUUUUGGCUUCAGCACUUUCAGUAAGGCCUUGUAUGAUCAAUGCUGUGGCAUUGUCAAAGGAAGAAUGGGCCUCCAGCAGGGAUUAACUUUGAUAGGAGUCUAGUUUUUAUUUGUAGUAAAGCUUCAGGCCUGAUUCUCUUAAGGCAAUAUUUUUUCUUUAACUGUGCUACUGUUACAGGACUGCCUUUCCUCGCUGGUUCAAGCUAGUUUGACUAUCAUCAUGACGUUUGUAGCGCUGACAGACUAAUAUUUUUAUAAGCUGAAACUAUUGAGCAACUCUAGUUAUGUUUUUAAUCAAGUGUCUACAUAACUAUUCUGACUAUAGGUUGUUUCCUUUUUUUUUUAAGAAAGGGAUAUUCUGAAUUUGGUAAGCAAUCAUACUUAGGUUUUUUGGAAUUCUUUUUCAGUCUUUUCCUUUCAGAGGCUUUCUGAAAAUUAAAUACUGCCUCAGUGAACAACUAGAGUGAAACUGAACCCAGAAAUCAUUGGCCAAACCACAGAGGAGCUAGAAUGCUGCUAUAAACUUAAUUCACUGUCUUAACACACACAGCCUUUUUUUUUUUUUUUGGCAUCUUGAGGUCUUGAAAGUUUUGAACAUAAAGUACAACAAAAUGGACCUCAACAAAAUAUUGGAUCAAGCACAGUUUUUGAAGUGUAAGGCUUUUGUCCCUUGGAGUCCCCUUGAAGUGCCAGAUGUUAUUUAUGUAAUGAAUAUGAAUGUUUUUUUUAAAAAGACAAUUAGUCCCUCCCAGAAACUCAUGCUUUUUCCUAACUACUUUGUAACUGCAUGACAUAACCUGGAGAGAGAGCAGUUAUUAAAAAAAAGUUGACCUUUCCAAACCUA